AUGUUCAUUGCAUUAUUAGCACUUACUGCUUUUGCUGCUGCUGAAAAUAUUUAUGAAUAUGGAACAUGUUAUUUUGAUAACACAGGCUCCAAAAAAUUAACUCAUGUCCCAGCUACAGACAGUGAACCAGCAAAAAUCAAGAUCACUUCUUAUACUACUACCACUGAUUGUUCUGGUGAACAACCAACUGAACAACUUAUGGAUAUUACUGCAAAAGCAGACAUUAGUUCAAGUACUACUGGAACUAUUUAUUUGUAUAAUGAAGAACCAGAUAAAAUGAGUGAUGAAUGUAGUUUAAUUAAUAAUCAAGUAUAUUCAGAUGAUAAAUGUACUAAACCAACUACUAAUAUGGUUACAUAUAGUUGUAAUGUCUCAACUAAGAAUUGUAAUAAAGUAAGUAAUACUGAAUUUUAUAUGAAAUCAGAAAAUAAAGUUGGAUAUUUUGGAGUAUUUUAUUAUAAAGAUGAAAAUUGUACUGAAGAACUUGGAUUUGGAGCUCAAAUGUAUAAAUGCGGAAUGUGUGUUCCACAACAACCAAAUGGUGAUAAAUACGUUAAAUAUGAAUGUGAAGAUGAAUGUCAGAAUAAACCUAAUGAUGAUGGAUCAAUUGCUACCAUUGUUGCAUUCAUUGCCAUUGCUCUUUUCUUCGUUUUUUAA